UUCCCUUUGGCUUCUCCAAUAAGCCAAAACAGACGACAGAAUUCCUCUAUCGACAUUGUUGGAGCAGAGAGAGCUUCACAUGGCGGCCUCCAUUUCAACUUCAGCUAAUCCUCUUCUCACCUCAGAGCGCCCGAACCAAUUGGCUGCUAAUGUAACAUCUUUGUCGAGAUUGUCUUCCACAUCGUCUAUACAGCUACCGGUUCAGCUUCGGUGUGUUCGACUCGGAAACCAUGGGGUUUCGACUCUGUCGCGGUCUCGAAACUUGCCUGUGGUCAAAGCAAGUAAUCAAACGUUUUCCUCCUUUGAUGAUUUACUGGCCAACUCUGGCAAACCGGUGUUAGUCGACUUCUAUGCUACCUGGUGCGGUCCUUGUCAGUUCAUGGUUCCUAUUCUUGAAAAAGUUAGUGCUAAGCUGAGUGACACAGUCCAGGUGGUCAAGAUUGACACUGAGAAAUAUCCUGUCAUCGCUGAUAAAUACAAAAUCGAGGCACUGCCUACGUUCAUCCUCUUCAAAGAUGGAAAACCCCGUGACCGAUUCGAAGGAGCUAUGACAGCGGAUGACCUCAUCAAACGCAUUGAAGAUUCUCUGAAGGUUAAGCAAUAACACUGAAACACUGGGAUGUCAAACGUCCAAGGGAGAUAUCUUUAACUUCUUACAUGAAUAGAUGAAAUGAAUUCUAUUUUUAGACGAUAUGAAGCUAGUAAUUGUAGGCACUUACCCUAUUUGGAGGAUGAAGAAAGGGUGAUGAGGUCAAUUCACUUGAACCAGCCACUAACGAUCCAAUUGAAUUGAUUUGGACUAUCAUAUUGUUUUUACUCUCA